AUGGUGGGUGCAAAGGCGGUCACAGGCCCCCGCACCUCCCUCCGCCUGGCACAGCAACGCAGUGGAGUCCGCAGUGUCACAGUGGGUCUUCCCUCCUAUCAGGUGCUCUGCUGUGGGCCUGCUCCCUGUACCUGCUGCUGCCAUUCUAGGUGGCCCCCUCUCACGGAGUCUCCUUGUAGCCGCCUGUUCUACAUCCUCCUCCACGUGGGGACCUCAGCAGUCCGCUGCCUCCUGCUGUCAAGGACGGUAGUAGAAAGAGUCUGGGGCAAGGCACAUGGGAUCCAGAUGCCCUCAGGGCUGUGUGCCCAUCUGUUUGGCCGCUCUCACUGCCCAGUGCUCAGCGGCUCGGGGGCUGUAUACCGAGUAUGUGCAGGAACUGCCACCUUUCACCUGCUGCAGGCUGUGCUGUUGGUCGACCUCCACUCCCCCACCAGCCUGAGAGCACAGCUGCGUAAGAGCUUCUGGCUCCUCAAGCUUCUGUUCCUGCUAGGUCUCUGUGCUGUGGCCUUCUGCAUGCCUGAUGAGCAUCUCUUCCCAGCCUGGCUUUACAUUGGCAUCUAUAGCGGCUUCACAUUCAUCCUGCUGCAGUUGGUGCUUUUUACAGCCUUUGCUCGUUCCUGGAACAAGAACUGGCAAACAGGUGCAGCCCACGACUGCCGCUUGUUCCUAGCUGUGCUGCUGACCACCCUAGGGUUCUACAGCAUGGCAGGUGUAGCAGCUGUGCUCCUGCUCCACUACUACACACCCCCAGAUGGCUGCCUGCUCAACAAGAUGCUGCUUAGUCUGCAUCUUUGUUGCUGUGGUCUCCUCUCCAUCACUCCCUGCAUCCACCUCAAGCAGCUCCACUCUGGCCUUCUACAAGCCUCUGUCAACAGCUGCUAUAUCACGUACCUGACAUUCUCUGCGCUAUCCAGCCGUCCUCCAGAGAGUGUAAUCCUUUAAGGACAGAAUCAUCUGUGCCUGCCUGGCCUGAGUAAAAUGGAACCCCAAACACCAGAUACUUCUCUGGCAGUGUUGAGUGCUGGCAUCAUGUAUGCUUGUGUGCUUUUUGCUUGCAAUGAGGCUUCCUACCUUGCUGAGGUAUUUGGGCCCUUGUGGACUGUCAAGGUUUACAGCUGUGAGAUCCAGGUGAGGAUGGAGAGCACAAUAUCCCCAAUACCCCUCCCCCCUCACACACAGUCACAGACACACACACAUCCUAUCAACCUCUACCCAGAUUGCUCAGAUUCUAGCUGCUAUUACCUUUUAUUGAGGCAAAGAGGUGGGGCUGCCAGGCCAGCUAACCAAGAGACCGCUCCAGCUCCUCCAGUGCAAGCCCAGCAGCUUUCCUAUAGCUAUUCUGCCUUCCACUUCGUCGUCUUCCUUGCAUCUCUCUAUGUCAUGGUUACCCUCACCAACUGGUUCAGCUAUGAGGGAGCGGAACUGGAAAAGACUUUCACCACGGGUAGCUGGACUACCUUCUGGGUCGAGGUUGCCUCAUGCUAGGCCUGUGUACUCCUCUAUCUGGGGCUGCUACUGGCACCAUUCUGUUGGUCCCCAACCCAGGACCCCCAGCCUCCUCUUAUCUUCAAGUGACACCGUCAUGGCGUAGUAUUGCCAGAUAACAAAUAUCCAGUCUAG